GGCCUGCCCCGCCCACUAAGCUCCCCUCGCGCCAAACGGGCAACCGUCGAGUGCGAGGGCAGGAUGGGAAAUGGAGGCCUCAGUUAGCGAGAGCGGCCGGGGAGCCGAAGGGGCUUCCGAACGGGCUGAGCCGCCAGCUUGUGAGGCAUCAUGCGUAACUCCAGUUUUAAGUGAAUCAAGGAAGAUUAAUGGACACUAUGAAGAUACCAAAACCGCUCUACGCUUUUGCAGUUUUUACAUGUGCUGCUAUUUAUGCGGUAUAUGUAAAAUGGCAUUUGGACUUUAAAACAAAAACUACCGUCAAUGAUUUGGAAAGCCAGCUCAAAAGUGCGUCAAGAACAGAUAAGGAAGUUCUUUAUGGAAUCAUGUUUGAUGCUGGAAGCACUGGGACUCGAAUACACAUAUUCAAAUUCACACAAAAGCCAAAAGAAAUUCCUAAAUUAAUCCAUACCACAUUCAGAGCACUAACGCCAGGACUUUCUGCAUAUGCUGACAGUGUUGAUAAGAGUGCUCAAGGAAUAAACGAACUACUGACAGUUGCUAAAGAAGAUGUUCCUCUGGAAUUGUGGAAGUCCACUCCUUUGGUCCUUAAAGCAACAGCUGGCUUAAGACUGCUGCCAAAAGAAAAGGCACAGAAAUUGCUGGAUAAGGUUAAGGACAUCUUUCAAGAAUCUCCGUUCCUUGUAAGGAGUGACUGUGUCUCUGUAAUGGAUGGAACAGAUGAAGGUAUUUCAGCAUGGAUCACUGUCAACUUCUUAACAGAUAGCUUGAAUACUCCAAGAAAGAGGUGUGUAGGAAUGCUGGAUUUAGGAGGUGGCUCAAUUCAGAUCACAUUUCGCCCAAGCACUAAGACAGCUCUGGAGAGCUCCCCUGCUGGUCGCAUCACUUCAUUUCAGAUGUUUAACACCACAUACCAGCUGUAUUCACACAGUUACUUGGGACUUGGAUUGAUGUCGGCAAGGCUGGCAAUUUUAGGAGGAGUUGAAGGUCAAGCCUUAAAGGAAGGUGAAGAUCUUACAAGUUCCUGCUUAUCGCCUGGUUUCCAGGGUGAAUGGGAGCAUGCCAAGAUAAUAUACAAAAUUAAAGGGCAGAAGGCAGGAAAACCUCUCUUCGAAUCAUGUUCUGAUGAAAUAGCAAAACUGAUCAGCACAAAGGUUCAUAGGACAGAUGAAGUAAAGGAUUUGGAUUUUUAUGCUUUUUCCUACUAUUACGAUUUGGCGGUGGAUGCUGGCUUAAUAGAUAAUGAAAAAGGAGGGACCCUAGCAGUUGGUGAAUUUGAAGCUGUUGCAAAGAAUGUGUGUAAAACCAUGGAAGAUCAAGAAGGAGAGCAUCCUUUUCUCUGCAUGGAUCUCACAUAUGUCAGUUUGCUUUUGGAAGAACUAGGCUUUCCAAAGAGCCAUGUUCUUAAGCUUGCUCGAAAAAUCAACAACACUGAAACCAGCUGGGCUCUGGGAGCUAUACUUCACUAUAUGGAUUCACUUCACAAACUGCAAUAUUAGGGCUUUGGGAGCCUUGGGGAUGCAGUGAGUCUGGGAGGAUGUGAUGUGGCAGCAUUGUGGAAGCUAAGCAGGUGUGGACCUGGUCAGUUCCUUGGACCGGAGACUACUGGAAGCUGCACUGCUGGAAGACUACUACUGUAAAAGCUAUACAUGUGUGUGUGUGUAUUUCAUAAAUACAUUUCAAAAGGCCUUGUCCUCUUUCAGCAGGGAACUCAGGUGCUCGUUUUUGGUAGCUUAACAUACCACUACUCUGUGAAAUUGUGUACCUUUCUAAAAGUGUCACUUAAAGUCGGGGAUAGUGAUUCUGAAAAGGACUAGGCCAUGGCAGCUGAGAUCCAAGUCUUGGGCAACAUACCUGAGCUGAAAUGGAAUGAAUGCAAAAAUCACCCUGUGAUUCAUGAUGAGAAUAUAGUCAUGUUCUUCGGACUGCCAGGGGUACCUCCUUUCUCCUCCUCUGUCCACAUUUGCCUGGUUUUCUAUAUUUUGGGGACAGUUCAUUCCCUCCAUUGCAGAAUUUCUACAGUGUUUGUCAUCAGGGAUUUGGUCAGCCUUUCUGUCACAGCUUUUCAAUGAUGGGCAGCUUGAGGAAGGUUUCCUCCUCUUCCAGCUGUCCAGCAUCACCUGAUCCUUCAAUCAAGUGCUGACUCUACCUCCAGGACGAGUUAACUCUUUCUUGCAUGCUCCUCCGCUGACCAGGAGGAAACUUCACAGCAAGCCAAACCUGCCAUUCUCUAUCAUGUUCUACAGUCUCUAUGAGAAAAGCACAUCAUCCUCAGGCAGGCUUUUUGCCUUUCCAGCAAGCAUUCAGAAACAAGUGUGACUUUUAUAUUGCAGUCUGUGCACACGCAUUUGGGGGAAUUGCUUUAUUUUUCUUAAAUGUAUAGAAACUAACAAAUGGUGUCUUAAAAUAUAUAUAUAUAUUCUGCUUUGUCCAACUUUACCAGUAGGCAUUGAGAUUUAUCUUCUGAAACUCAGCAUUUCUGUUCUUCAUAGUCUGUACCAUACUGGGUUAUUUGGGCGGUGUUCUGGUGGUUUUAAGGCCUUUCUCACAAUCUGAAACCAGUUAGUGUCUCACUUGCUAGCUGCACACUGAAUUCUCAAUACUGAAAUUGAGUUGAUUUUUAAAUGAAAGGUUAAGAGCAAACUUCUGCCCUCUCCUUAAUGUUGAUAGCAGAAAGGAAGGCGGUUACAAUGGCAUGUUGGUGUCUCUCUGCUGGAAGGUGGGUUUUGUCAUGAUGGGGACCCCAGUUGUGACCCAACUGUUGGUUGUCCUACCAAUGAUAGCAAGCAGCCCCCCCAAACCUGUCUUUCUUAAAAAUCUCGUUUACUUGAAAAUAUUAAAACCAGCCUGUGACCAUUCUUGCUAUUUCUUCCUUUUUUCCUUUCUUAUAGAACCCUCUUUAAAUUCAAGAAGAUCUCUGUGUAUUCCCCAGUUCUUUUCCAUAUUUUAUUUUUUUACAGCAACUGCCUCCAUUGGGGAUAUCCAGCAUGGAGUCAUGUUAGAGAAUCCCUUGUGAACUUCAGCUUUAUCAUAAUACAAAUAACAUUGCCACCCAUACACUAGAUCUAAUCCUUUUAAGUCCAAGAUACCUGCAUCUUUCAAAUCCAUCCAGCCCAGACAGGCUGCCUCAUAAUACAUUUUUAGGUCUAGCAGGGCAAAUCCCACCCCCGUAUUCUUUGUGCCAAUUAAAAAAUUGUAUUUAACCCUAGGUUUUUUUUUCUCUUGCCAGACAAAAUGUGUUAUAUCUUUUAUUCAUUGUUUAAAGCAGUUGGUAUUUCUGAUCACAGGCAGGGAUUGAAAUAGGAAGAUCAUUUUUGAUAACACAUUCAUUUUAAUUGCAAAGAUUCUUCCUAACUUUGUGAGGUUAACUCAGUUCCAUUUCUCCAUGCCUUUCUUAACUUCAAUCCAAGUUUUAUUAUACUUGGACAAGGUUUAAUUUUUUAGAGGCGAGCCAUACCCCCAUAUAUUUAACUUUCUUUUGAACAUGUAUUACAGAAAACAGGGCUACAGCUUAAGGGUGAAACUGCACAUUAUGAACCAUGUUUGAUUUAAAUAAUAAGAAGAAGCAUGAGGAGAGGGGGGCUUAUUUUCAUUUGGAUUGUGGUGUACAGGGGAAAGGAGUUUAGCUUUCCUCCCUGCCACAAGCUGCUGUUAGCCUGAGAGCGAAACACUCUUAUUGUUGUCAAUGGGGAACUUUCCCCUCUGGGCUAAAAGGGGUGGUUGGAGGUGCAGUUUUAGUCUGCAGAGGAAGAAAGAGUUAAACUUCUGCUCCCCUGCAUACUGCAGUCCUGACAAAAAUUGCACUCGCUGCUGUACAGUUACUUUUAAAAAAACCUGACUUGGUUCCUAAUGAUGUAUCUAAUGUACAUCUGGUAUCCUGUUCAUGUAUACUUAAUGGAGUACUUCAUUUUAAGGCUGUGAAGGGUCUGGUCUAGGAGCCACUGUAGCUAACGGAAUGUUAAUAUUGUAAGCACCAACUCUUAGGUUAGAAAACAAAUUGAAUGCAAAAAACUCUUCCAGUUGUUCGAUUGUCCUUGGCUUGUCUGUUGAAGUAGCAUGUGUGCAAAUGAAUUUUGGAUAUUCAAAAAUUAUUUUUACUGUCAAUUAAAAAAAAAAAGCAAGUGAA